AAAUUUCAGAUCGAUAUCCCAAAAACGGAGGGAAUAGUUCGCAUAUACAUACUAACGGAUAGCCAGCGAACAUGGCUAGUCAAAUCAGUCAAUAAGUCAAAUUCAUAUAUAUACCUUAAAGGGUCUUUGACUUUUCCUUUUGGUUGUUACAAACUUCGUGGCAACCUUAACAUAACCUGUUCGGGGUAUAAAGUGUUUAAAAAGAUACAAUUGUAUCUAAAAUGUUAAUUAUGACAUUAAUUGGUCCUAAUAGAAAGUAUUAGAGCGAUUAUCGUAUUUUCGACUAAAUUGUACCAUCUCUAUUGUCAGCUGUUUAAUAUUAAAUUUCGGUGUUAGUUGUGCAAAAGAUAAAAAAAUUCUUUGUUGGUUGAAAUUACAAACGGACCAAAGUCAGGAAACUUUUAGUUUUUGUAUAGAUCAAUUCCCGAACAGAAGUUACAAAUAUGAAUUGAAUAUUAGCGUCAUAAGACUGACUAAGUGCAAAAAAUAAUAUAAUUCUCAAGUGUUUGAUCAAUUCAAAGCUGCAAACUGUUUCGUCGAACCGUACGCAACGUCCUUACAAGACUUUUUGACAAAAUGCCUAACGUACCAACGGUCACUGACGUUAACGAUGGUGAAGUGGCAAAUGCAAUGAAUAAUUCAAAACCUUUGCUUUUAGAAGACGUACCAAUUUUAAAUAAUGAUAAUUGCAAAAUCAAGGACAAACAACGUGUUAAAAGAAUUCUUAAUGAGUUCAUAGGUGGAGGUCAUAAAAGAUUGCAAAUAGUUUCAGAUUUUGACUUUACCAUUACAAAGCAACGAACAUCGAACGGUGCACCUAUUCCCAGCAGCUUUGGUAUAUUUGAAGAAUGUAAAUCGCUUCCCCCAAAUUUUGUCAAAGCGGCUCGUGAGCUGCAUGAUAUGUAUCGUCCUAUCGAAGUUAAUCCGCAUAUAUUGCGGGAAGAAAAAGUGAAAGCUAUGAUUGAAUGGUGGACCAGGUCAGGCGAGAAUUUGAUGGGGUUUACCUUCGAUUUAAAAGAAAUCGACGAAAUCGCUAAAAAAUAUGCCUAUUCGAUGCGAGAUAAUUCACAUGAAUUAUUUAGAGACCUGGACGCUCUCAAUAUCCCCGUACUUGUAUUCUCUGCCGGUUUAGGAAAUUGUGUUAUAGCAAUGCUGCGGCAAGCAGGACUUUUGUAUCCCAAUAUGAAGGUUAUUUCCAAUUUUCUUCAAUUUAAAGACGAUACUAUGUUGAAUGGUUUCAAAGAACCAAUAAUUCACACAUUUAAUAAGAACGAAACUAUGCUAGAAGGUACAGAAUACUACGAUUUAGUGCACAGUCGUGACCAUAUUAUACUUAUGGGCGAUUCUUUAGCUGAUUCUGGUAUGGCAGAUGGUGUGCCAGCAUCGUCUCAUGUGCUAAAGAUUGGAUUUCUUUUCCACCAUGCUAAUGAGUACUUAGAGGAAUAUAUGAACACGUUUGAUAUUGUCUUAAUAGAUGAUCAAACAAUGAAUGUACCCUUGACACUAUUGAAACUCAUCGAGGGAAACACGCCUUCUAUACAAUAGUCGUUAAUAAUAACGUAAUUAAACAAUUAAUUAAAAAAUGUCUCAAACGAUAAUACAUAAUGACAUAUGUAAGGUGUUUGUUGCAUGCAUGUCCAAUUUACUCAAAUAAAAGCUUUAGUAAUUUUGAAAUUUUUAAAA